CCAAGUGGUAGUGGAACGUCUCUUUAAUAAGAGUGGGUUUUUAACAUCCACCUUCGGAGUCCGAUGUCGGACAGUAGGUGAACACAUAGGGAUUUUAACAGCAGUAUCUAAGUAAAUUAGUUUUUGUGUUUGUACUUUUUGGAACAAAAAUGAAAGUGUUCGUUGCGUUGUUUCUAUUUAGCGCUAUCUCUUGCUCUUCUGCUAUUAAUGUUACUCAAUGCCAUGAUAUUGAAAAACCCAUCGAAGGACUUGAAGAACGAGUCAAAAUAGGCAAUUGUAAAAAACCGCCUUGCAGAUUAAGGAAAAACUCAGUCGUUAAAAUAGAACUAAAUGUAAAGCCAGCGAGAGAUAUUGAAAAAGUAGUAAAUUCAAUCCACGCGUAUAUCGCUGGCGUUCCUUUCCCUUUUCCCGGAGUCGAUGGAACCGAUGCUUGUAAAAAUAUUUACUCAGCUGAUGGCCAGAAUCAAGUAGGAUGCCCACUCAAAAAGGGAGAAGACUAUCUUUACAGAAACAAUAUUGAAGUGCUACAGAUUUAUCCACGAGUCAAAGCCGUCAUCCAUUGGGGAUUAACUCCAACAGAUGGCAAGGACGACGUUAUCUGUUUCGAAGUCCCCGCCAGAAUCACUAAUUAGGGUUAAUUAAAAUUACGUAGACUGCCUAACAUUGAUUUUUACAAUAUUUAAGUGGUGAAAAAAUGUAAGAACCAAAACUUUUAAUAAAUAAUUAAUUUUUUA